AUGGCUCGAUGGCAAGGGGAACCAUUCGCGGUGGAGCAGCUGGCGGCACUAGGUGGUUUCGAGGAGAGAAACCGAGGGAGGAAGGAGAGAGGGGCUCCAAAAUAUAAAGAGUCUUAUUUGAAAAUUGGGCUUGACCCAAUUAACGUAAAUAAAGUGGCAGAGGCCGAGGAAACUAAUGAAAUAUCUUAUGAUGAUGAACGAGUUGAGGAUCCAAAACCUGGUAUGGAGUUCGCCACUGAUAAAGAGCUUCUUGCAUAUUAUAAGCGAUAUGCCAAGCAACAAGAUUUUGGUGUUAUCACACAGAGGAUGAAAAGAGAUGCGUUUGGGAAACCGAAGUAUGUGAAAAUUGGGUGUGCAUGUGGAGGCAAGUACCAUCCAAGUCACAGUAAUAUCUCGAAGUCGCGACCAACAAUUAAAACAGACUGUAAGGCGAAGUUAAAUGCUCACUUGGAUAGAAAUGGUGUAUGGGUUUUGACCACUGCUGAGAAUACUCACAAUCAUAGUACUGUCAGCCCACAGAAGUCUAAAUUUUUUAGAAUUCACAAGUGUUUAGAUGAAUACAGUAAAAGAAUGUUCGAUCUAAAUGACAGGACAGGUAUUCGAAUGAACAAAAAUUUUGGAGCACUUGUUGUUGAUGCGGGCGGGUUCGAGAAUCUUGAAUUUCAAGAGAAAGAUUGUCGAAAUUAUAUUGACAAAGCCAGACACUUGAGGCUGGGUAAAGGAGGUGGCGAAGCACUUAGUGAUUACUUUAAGAGGAUGAGGAAGAUGAAUGAUGGAUUUAUUUCUGUGAUUGAUGUGGAUGAUGAGUUGCGACUCAGAAAUGUGUUCUGGGCUGAUGCACUUAGUCGAGCCGAGUACGAGUGUUUCGGAGAUGUGAUCACCUUCGAUACAACGUAUCUAACAAAUAGAUACGGUAUGCCUUUUGCUCCUUUUGUUGGGGUAAACCAUCACGGGCAGUCCAUACUGUUAGGGGCUGGAUUGAUUUCAAGUGAGAAUACAAGUACUUUUGUGUGGUUGUUCCAAGCAUGGUUGGAAUGCAUGAAUGGUCAGGCUCCAAAAGCAAUCAUAACAGACCAAGAUCGGACAAUGAAGAGUGCCAUUGCGAUGGUAUUCCCAGAAACUCGCCAUAGAUAUUGCCUAUGGCAUAUCAUGCGAAAACUACCUGAGAAAUUGGGAUCCCACUCCCAAUUCAAUGCAGGGUUGAAGACUGACAUUCAGACUACCCUAUAUGAUUCGCAUACCUGUGAAGAAUUUGAUGCCAAAUGGGGGGAACUUAUUCAGAAAUAUGACCUUGGUGAUAACACGUGGCUGGAAGGGUUGUAUACCGAGAGAUCAUUUUGGGUUCCAGCUUACUUGAAGGAUGUAUUUUGGGCUGGCACGAGCACUACACAGCGGUCUGAAAGCAUGAAUGCAUUUUUCGACGGAUAUGUGCAUUCUGGUACAACGUUAAAGAAAUUUGUGGAUCAAUUUGACAAUGCUCUAAGGAAGAAGGUGGAAGUAGAGACAAUAGCUGAUUUCAAUUCGUACAACCAAACCAUCCCAUGUGUAACUCCAUUCCUCUUUGAGAAGCAGUUCCAAGCGGUGUAUACAAAUGCAAAGUUUAAAGAAAUCCAAGGGGAGAAGAUUUAUGUGUUGCCAGAGAGGUACAUCUUGGAUCGGUGGAGGAAAGACUUAAAGAGAAGAUACACACUUGUCAAAAGUAGCUAUGAUGAUUUGCGGGAUAAUGCGGACACACGAAGGAAAAUAUUUGAUGACGAACAAGUUGGAGUUGGUGAGGUCCCGACCCCCCAAGUUGGUGCUAACGUUGAAGAUGUUGUUGUUGGAACCCAAUAUAGUACUGUCACACAACAAGCACCAUGGGGCAAUGAUGAGAAUUUGUGA